CCUUUCCGCCCGGAUUCAACGGAAACGCAGCGCAGGCGCAGCACAGCCAGGGAAGGCCGCCGCAACCUUCGCUUCGCUUUCCGCAAACUUGACCGCGAAGCCGCCGUGAAGUCGCCGCCGCCUCCUCCUCCAGCCCACUCUCGAGUCCAGAGGCCGCAACAACUCUCAGCCUCGCGGCCUCCGCCCAUUUCGGCUCCAUCGGCCGCGCCGCGACGCCUCCGCCACUGCGUAGCCAGCCUAGACCUCAUCCUAGGCCUCAUCGGAGCUUCAGGUAGAUGCGAGAGAGAUCGCCUCCCGCGGCCGUGUGAUGGGCAACACGUGCGGCGUCACCUUUAGAUCCAAGUACUUCUCCAGCUUCCGCGGCGCGUCGCAGCGCCACGACUCGGGCUACGCGCCCGUCGCCGCCGAUGCCGACGCCGAUUCCCAGCCAGGCAAGCGGCCCUCGCGCCCGGCGGCCGUGGCCGACGCGGCCGCCCCGCCCCCCGCCGCCGGCAUGCGCCGGGGCUCGCUCGCGCCAGCGGAGCUGACGGCCAACGUGCUCGGCCACCCCACCCCGAGCCUCCACGACCACUACCUGCUCGGCCGCAAGCUCGGGCAGGGGCAGUUCGGCACCACCUACCUCUGCACCGACCGAGCCACGGGGGCGGACUACGCCUGCAAGUCCAUCGGCAAGCGCAAGCUCAUCACCAAGGAGGACGUCGAGGAUGUGCGCCGCGAGAUCCAGAUCAUGCACCACCUCGCCGGACACCGGAACGUCGUCGCCAUCAAGGGCGCCUACGAGGACCCGGUCUACGUCCACAUCGUCAUGGAGCUCUGUGGCGGCGGCGAGCUCUUCGACCGCAUCAUACAGCGGGGGCAUUACAGCGAGCGCAAGGCGGCCGAGCUCACGCGCAUCGUCGUAGGAGUUGUCGAGGCGUGCCACUCGCUCGGGGUCAUCCACAGGGAUCUCAAACCUGAAAACUUCUUGCUGGCCAACAAGGAUGACGACAUGUCGCUUAAGGCCAUCGAUUUCGGCCUAUCCGUGUUUUUUAAGCCUGGUCAAGUUUUCACUGAUGUUGUCGGAAGCCCUUACUAUGUAGCUCCAGAAGUGUUGCGCAAACGUUAUGGACCAGAAGCUGAUGUAUGGACAGCUGGUGUAAUUCUUUACAUACUACUAAGCGGCGUUCCACCAUUUUGGGCAGAGACUCAGCAAGGAAUAUUUGAUGCAGUACUGAAAGGCGUAAUUGAUUUUGAUAGUGAUCCCUGGCCUGUGAUUUCUGAUAGUGCAAAAGAUCUCAUAAUGAGAAUGUUGAAUCCUCGCCCCGCAGAGCGUCUAACAGCGCAUCAAGUUCUAUGUCACCCUUGGAUUUCUGAUCAUGGAGUUGCUCCUGAUCGGCCACUUGAUCCAGCUGUCCUUUCUCGCAUCAAGCAGUUCUCAGCAAUGAAUAAGUUAAAGAAGAUGGCUUUGCGAGUAAUUGCUGAGAGCCUUUCAGAGGAGGAGAUUGCAGGAUUAAAAGAAAUGUUUGAGGCAAUGGACACAGACAAUAGUGGUGCAAUUACAUAUGAUGAGCUGAAAGAAGGCAUGCGAAAGUAUGGUUCAACACUAAAAGAUACUGAGAUUCGUGAUCUUAUGGAAGCCGCGGAUGUGGACAACAGUGGAACCAUUGAUUAUAUAGAAUUCAUUGCUGCUACAUUGCAUCUCAAUAAACUAGAGCGAGAGGAACAUCUUGUGGCAGCCUUUUCUUAUUUUGACAAGGAUGGUAGUGGUUACAUUACAGUGGAUGAGCUCCAGCAAGCUUGCAAAGAGCAUAAUAUGCCAGAUGCUUUUCUUGAUGACGUCAUAAUUGAAGCUGACCAGGAUAAUGAUGGUCGCAUUGAUUAUGGAGAGUUUGUUGCGAUGAUGACAAAGGGCAAUAUGGGGGUUGGGAGGAGAACAAUGAGGAACAGCCUGAAUAUAAGCAUGACUGAAUGAGAUGCUGCUAACGGGACACUGCCUGCAAAUUUUUGUACGCUGUCAGUUGUACGUGUGGGCAUUCUAAUUGGUGGUCCUAUAAAUCUAACUGGUGCUAUUUCGUCCAUGAAAUGUAGGGGGAAAUCUCCCAUGUCUUGCGUGAGCUGGUCAUGAAAAUGUUCAUACAA